UGCUCGACGGCCCAGUCUCCGGUUUCACACUUCCAGGUUCCUUGAGAUGACCAGUCUGCUUCGGGACGAGGGGGGCGGAAGAACCAACAUGCCUCAAUGCGCUUCUCUUCCAUCCAAAGCCUUCUCUUCCGGCUAGUUAUUGUUAGGCUCGCCAAUUGUGCGACCAACUGAUACAAACCCGAACGUGUGCAGCUGAGCUUCGGUACCGAGGACGAGCUCCUCAACGCUUGUCCCACCAACCUAACCUUGGCCAUGGUCACAGGGCUGAGCUCCCUACUGGUCGAGUCGCUGACCCCAGGUCGAAUUGUUGCCGCUGUCUUUCUCUUCACCCUCAGCUCCUUUAUCGUCGACUUCACAUGGAAGCCCCGGUACAACAACUCGCUCCCCAGAGUCGGAUGCGGUAACGGUCUCUUGGGGACCCUUCAAAACUGGUUCUACUUCGUGACACGCUAUCACUGCUGGGUUUCUGAAGGUUACGAGAAGUACUCCAAAGAUGGCCGCGCCUUUCUCGUCCCCUCGGCCCCGAGCCGUCCGCAAGAAAUCGUCGUGCCCCGCCCCCAGACCUCUUGGAUGCUCGAGCUCCCUGAUCGCGUCCUAUCAACGAAGGAGGCCCACCGAGAUGCCCUGCACAACGACUACCAGUUCUUCGGCGUCGAUGACCAGUUUCCUAUUCAAACGAUCCACAAACACCUGGCUCGCAAUAUCGCGGGGCUCAUCCCUGGUGUGCAGGAGGAAGUCCACGGUGCGAUAGAUGCCACAUUUGGACACGAUACGGAAAACUGGAAGUCGUUGAGCCUGUGGGAGGCUUGGUUAGGGAUCGUUCCGCGUGUGACGAACCGAAUCGUUGUCGGGGCCCCCCUAUGCCGAAAUGAGGAGUUCCUCAGCGCUCAAGUCGCCUUCGCCGACGAUGUCGUCCGCAACAGUUUCAUAUUGGACAUGUUCCCCCGCAUCUUCCGGCCGCUCGUCGCCCCAUUUGUCGUUCUCCCCAACUGGUGGCACUGGCGCAAGUCAUACCUCCUCGCCAAACCCGUCAUCGAGCAGCGCCUCUCCGACAUGACGCGCAAAGCCUCAGGGACCGACGCCGCCUACGAUGACUGGCAACCGCCCGAGGACAUGAUCACCUGGCUGAUCCGGAAAGCCCAAGCGGACAACCUCGGCGCCGAGCUCAACGUGGAGAUGCUCUCCAAGCGCCUCCUCCCGGUCGAAUUCGCCGCCAUCCACACGACGGUCAUCACCGGCUUCAAUCUUCUCCUCGACCUCCUCGCCUCCGACCCCGCCCUCGGAUACCUCGACACCAUCCGCGAGGAAACCGCCCGCGUCUUCGCCGAGGAGAACGGCGCCUGGACGAAACAGGGGCUCGCCCGCCUGCACCGCACCGACAGCGCCAUCAAGGAGAGCAUGCGCUUCAGCCACUUCUCCCGCGCCCUCACCCAGCGGAAAGUGGUUGCGCCCGGGGGCGUGACCAACCCCGCCGAGGGCUGGCACGCGCCCUACGGCGCCCUGCUGAUGCUGGACCUGGCGGGCACCCACCGCGAUCCGGCGCUGUACGACGAGCCGGACAGGUACGAUGCCUGGCGGUUUUCGCGCGAGAAGGAGGCCUACGAGGCGAAGGCGGCGGGUGAGAGGGGGGAUGCGGAGGAGGCGAUGCGGAUUAUGCGGCUGGGCAUGGUCACGACGAGUCCGGAGUAUUUGCCUUUCAGCCAUGGGAGGCACGCGUGUCCUGGGCGGUUCUUUGUGGCGCAUGAGCUCAAGAUGGUCUUGGCUUAUCUGCUGCACAACUAUGAUAUCAAACCCUUGGCUGAGAAGCCGGAGGGGAUGUGGCUUGGGUCGAAUCUCAUACCUGCGGUGCAGACCAAAAUCGAGAUCAGGAGGCGGAAGGAGACGGUUUGAUGUGUAUGUAUAUGAUGUAUAGUGUGAUCGGUAAACAAAGUGGCAUCGGUGGACGGGUAGAAAGGAUAGACAGCAUACAGCUUGAGCCCUUACUA